CAGUGAACGGGAAAUCACGUCCCCAGCGGAGCUAACGGGUCCUUUGGACAAAGUGAACAAAGUGAAUAAGGAAUCGCCCAACAGUAUCGGUGCAGCCUAAUCCUUCAGGAAUUAUCUGAUCUCUUUGGAAAGCGUAACACACACAAACAAACCGCAAUGGCCCUUGCCGAGAGCACCACCAAGACGGAGAUGACGCUGACGGAAACUUCGACGCCCGUCAUCUCGAAGGAGGUGAUCGUGGAGAAGUCCUCCGACGGGGUUUCGGAGAAGAGCGUCACGCAGUCGAAGAGCUACGGAUCGGCGAGCGAAAAGUCGAUGGUCGAAGAGUCGGCCAACUCGAUCACCAAGAAGCAGGAAAAGUCGGAGUCCGCGUUCGCGUCGGAGCGCAGCGUUUCGGAGGUGGUGUCCGACAACGGAGCCCUCGCUUCGUCGCUGCUCUCGUCGUCCUCCGUCGUCAGCUCGGUCAGCAGCAGCAAGGUGGUUUCAUCCUCGUUCAGCUCUUCCACCUCCUCCUCGAUCUCGUCCUCGUCGUCCAUUAAAUCGUCCUCAUCGUUCGAUUCCAGCUCCGCCAUCGACGAGUUCUUCAAAAACUGAGCGCCCGGUUCGGCUUUGUGAUCACUACUUUAUGAUUUUAGGUUCUCAUUCAGUUUCGUUUUUACGUGGAACCUCUGUUGGCAGCUGGCAGCUGGCCGAGCGUCUUGAUAUUAAUGUUUCGCAAACAAAACAACUUGGGUGAACGGUGAACAAGACCCAAGUUCGCGCUCCUCUUCGCGCUUUUCCCACUCGGCAGAACUGAAAUGUAUCAAAACAAAGCAUAAUUUAAUCUUUCACACCGACCAAGCCGUGCGUGUUCCGAAUAUCUUAAGCAAUGUGAGGAGGAAGGGAUAAAGGAAUAAAAAAACACAUGGAAAACAGUGCACCGACGC